CUCGCUGUUUCUCUGUUCUCCCGCCCCUUCUGUGUGGAGCUGGGCUCUCGUUCCUGUUCCCCUCGGGGCCGGCGGCAGCGCGUCCUCCUCCUCCUUUCCCCCGGGCCCCAUGGCUUCGGCUGGUAGCGGCAUGGAGGAGGUGCGCGUCUCGGUGUUGACCCCGCUGAAGCUGGUGGGACUGGUGUGCAUCUUCCUGGCGCUGUGCCUGGACCUGGGAGCCGUGCUGAGCCCCGCCUGGGUGACGGCGGACCACCAGUACUACCUGUCCCUCUGGGAGUCCUGCCGCAAGCCCGGCAACUUGGACAGCUGGCUCUGCGAGUCGACGCUGCACAGCGACUGGCAGAUAGCUACUCUGGCUUUGCUGUUGGGUGGUGCUGCCAUUAUUCUUAUAGCUUUCCUGGUUGGGUUGAUUUCCAUCUGCGUAGGAUCUCGGAGGCGGUUCUACAGACCGGUUGCAGUCAUGCUCUUUGCUGCAGUUGUUCUUCAAGUGUGCAGCUUAGUCCUUUACCCAAUCAAGUUCAUCGAAACGGUCAGCUUGAAAAUAUAUCAUGAGUUCAACUGGGGCUAUGGCCUGGCUUGGGGUGCAACUAUAUUUUCAUUUGGGGGUGCCAUUCUUUAUUGCCUGAACCCUAAGAACUAUGAAGACUAUUACUAGAAUCAUUUAAUGGCAACUAAAAUAGCAAAAGGAUUACCCCAUCUUUUCUAACUCACGGUUUUUUUAGAACACUUGUGGAGCACCAAACAGUCUGCUCUGUUGAUAAAAUAGCCUUUGCCUUUUGGGUGUGAACACUGUAACCAGCUUUUACAACCAUUUAAAAGAACUGCAGACACUAGGAUUGCUGAUCUUACAUAGGCAGAUGCUGCAAGCUGCUGAUACAUAAGCUUCAUUUUUUUCCUGACAACAAGCAAAAGGAUCUACGUGACUGCGAUCGUUGUGAGAAAACUAGUUGGAAUGAGAAUGCAAUGCCAGCAUCUGCUAUUGCCUUCAGGGGAGCAGCUGGUAUAGGCUCCAUUUAGAAGUUUCCCUGUAUCAUAGAGGAUUCAGAUGUCUGAUAAGCAGGCAGUGGCAUCCUGUACAAUAGGCUGUGUGCGCCCCUUGUUACUUCCUCAGAAAAAGCUCGUAAGGAAUUAGUUGCAAGUGACUGUGUUGAGGGCAGUGAAUGUAACUGGUUAAUGACUUGUCUAAUAUGUUCAUUCAACAGUCUUCUGGGAGAGUAAUAAUAAUAAUAACAAAAAAAAAAAAAAGCAACAAGGCACCAACCACACAGGAUUUCAUGAAUUGGUAAUUGACAUCAGUGUGCCAGCUCUAGCAGAUUGUUGAAGGAAGUCCAAACUGGGAGACACAUGCUUCCCUCUGUUUAGUUGGAAGUCGUCUCAGCAAUGAGUGUUGUGCUGGGAGGGUGGAGGUAAGAGGGAGCAAAAAUAGACUUCCUCUGUCCCUGAGGCAUUGAAAGUGUAUGAAUGAAUUGCAGUUGUCCUAGAUACCCAUUUAACUUCUGAACACCAUCAUAAAAAGAAUGUACAUGGAACAACUUCAUUUAUAUUUUUCAAAGGUAUUUGUUAGUCUAAAUGAAUAUAUAAUACAAAUAUAAAUGCAGAGGGAGAGGGAUGAUUCAUCUGCAAAUGGUAAUACGAGCUGUGAUACAGUGGUUAAAAUACUAACUUUGUAUACAUUUUUGAAAGUCUCCAAUUGGCAUCCCCAGUUGUGGUUGGUGUUACAAAAUAAACAUAAACCUGUUUGUCUUCUGUAUAUGCCCUUGUACAGACUCUGUGUUAUGGGAAAUGCUUAGAAGUUCACAUCAAGUUAAGACAGAACUGGACAAAACAACUGCUUGUUAUUCCAUGUGUAAGCUAGUACUUACUAAACAUUCUUUUCUGAGGCUAUUGCAAAGAAAACAACUGCCAUGUAAAAAAAAAAAAUCUAGUUAGGUUGUGAGCAUCUCUGAUCAUCAAGAGCACAACUGAGACCCCAUCAUGUCCAUAUUAAAACAUUAACACUUCAGGAGGUAAUCUCUUGUUUUUUAAAAGCUGAGCUUAUAAUGGACUGGCUGAUGAUUCUGUACAUCUCAUUUCUCCUUCCCUAGUAUGUUUUCCUCUUAAAACAUCCAGAGACUGCACCCGUGAGACUCAAGGUAAUAAGAACUUCCACAUGAAUUUAAUCCCCAUCACUUUUUUAUUUUUGUUUGCAAUUUGCUUCCUUGGAGAUCCUCAAUUAAUUAUGAGCAUAUUUUUAUACAAUUCUAACCUUUUAGAAACAACUAUUUUUUUUAAAUGGAGAAAUGUAAAAUAUAUUCUAUGCGAAGCUGUGCAAAGGCAAACACGCUAGGGUUGCACAUCCACCUCUACGCAAGUGGCUUUGCUUGUUACAUGGAAAAAGACUGCUAAAUUACUCAGUGUCAAGAGCAAGUCUACAGUGUUAGUGCUUGUGCCACUGUUUGCAGGGCACAGAGGUUCUGCAACAGCUGUGGAACCACAGAGCUGCCUUUAAGGAGGUUGUUGUGAAAGUAUUGCUGACAUAUGGAGAUGGCUUAUAAAAAAAAAAAGCACUCUGCGGCUCUCUGGUGUUAAAUCUUUGCUACUGUAGCAAAAUAUUCCAUAUCAGCAGCCUUUCCAAGACCAGUGGUGAUUGGUUAGACUAGAUGGAGCAAAAAUGAUAGCUUGACUUGGAAGGGAUUGAAUGGCACUGCCUAGAGAACACAAACAAUGGGAGGAAAAAUGAUGUCCCCUUGUUUUGCAGGCACCAGAGAGCAUUCGUAACUGUGUGGUUUUUUCAGUUGAGACUGACUUGAGGCAGAUAUUCAGUAUAUCUUCAGUGUAUCUUUCUGAACAGCUGUGUCAUUCUGCUUUUAUUUAGCAGCAUGGAAAACAUUUCAGUUUGGCAUGGGAAUUAGGUUAAUGUAGAGAAGCCCACUGUGAGAAGUCAUCUGUACCUUUCUAGGAGGGUGGUGUUUCGAUGCUUACAAUGUGUGGCACUUUGCCUAUGCUGACAAGAAGGUACAGUGCUGAACCCAUAUCAUACCUACUACUUUAUCAGAUGCAUUCUUUUCUUUCUGUAGAGUUUGAGUGAGAACAACUGUCAGGCCUAAGGCAUAUCCACAUUGUUGGCAUGUGCUCUGAAAGUCACCUGGCUGUUAAUAGGAAAGGUGUUCAGGCAAAAAAAUUCACCAACACAAAUGCCUAAAGACAAGGUUCUUCAUUCAUAUCUGAGUCAGAGAUCUGAUUUUCAGUCUCAACAUCUACUUCUCCUCUUGAAGACAGUGAAAUCUAUGAGCACUUGUCUCUCAAACUCCUCAGGUCCUUUGUGUUUGUGUAUCUGCUAUAUGGGUUUAUGUACCUACCUUUAGCUACUGCCAUUUCUAUCCUCCCACCCCUCCUUACCAUGCCAGUUUCGGCAAGCGUUCCAUUUCUCAACACUGAACUAAAAGUAGCUGCAACAUUGUACUGAUCUUAUUUUUUUUUUUUUUCUAGCCACAACUCUAUGUCUUGAGUGUACCUAUGAGAAAUCAAUCAUUUUGUAUGUUGUGCUUGUGUUCAUGUCACAGUUAUUUCAGUUGUUCGACUUCAUUUCACUGGCAGGAUGAUUCUCUAACACAACAAAUCCAUUGUUUUUCUUCCAAAUAUAUAUGAAUAAAUAAAUUAAAUAUAUACAUAUAUAUAGAGAGAGAGAGCAAACUUGCAAGCAGGGCUAGUUAUUUGUAUUUUUUAAGCUUAAAGUAUACCGUCCGGUGCUGACAAGUACCUAGCACCUCUUCUGGAUUUCUUGCACAACUCUGUUUAGCUUUUUGUAAAUUUUAAAAACAAAUAUAGAGAGACCUAUGUGUUUGAAAUAUAAAUGAUAUAUAUAUGGAUCAGCAUGUAACUGUAUAUUAUUAAACAUGCAAUGAACUGACUGGUAAGUGAAGUCUAAUGGUUAGCAAUGUAAUUUAUUAAGACUGUAUUUUUGUACAGCGCAGUGCACACUACCCUGUUGCCUCUGUGUCCUCUAUAAUGCCUAAAACUGUGCCUAGAAAUUUCAUUUCUGUCUUGAAAGGAAGGAGAACAAAAAAAAAAAAAA